AGUAGUUCCAAAUCAAGCAAGAAACCUAUUUUGAUAAACUUCGGCGACUCCAAUUCCGACACCGGAGGAGUUCUUGCUGGCGUCGGACUUCCCAUCGGACUCCCUCAUGGCAUUACCUUCUUCCACAGAGGCACAGGUCGUCUCGGCGACGGUCGACUCAUAAUGACAUACUUGAGUCCAUAUUUGGAUUCACUCUCACCAAAUUUCAAAAGAGGAGUCAAUUUCGCAGUCUCCGGAGCCACCGCUCUUCCCGUCUUCUCCUUCCCACUUGCUGUUCAAAUCCGUCAAUUCAUCCACUUCAAAAACCGUUCUCAAGAACUUAUCUCCUCCGGGAGAAGAGAUCUUAUUGAUGAUAAUGGAUUUAAAAACGCAUUGUACAUGAUCGAUAUCGGACAAAAUGAUCUUCUACUUGCUCUAUACGAUUCAAAUUUGACGUAUACAUCCGUUGUAGACAAAAUUCCUCCCAUGCUUCUUGAGAUUAAAAAGGCCAUACAGACCGUACACCUAUCCGGAGGGAGAAAGUUUUGGGUACAUAACACAGGCCCAUUGGGUUGUGCACCCAAGGAAUUGGCAAUUAACCCACACAACGGAUCGGAUCUUGACCCGAUUGGUUGUUUCCGUGUUCACAACGAAGUGGCGAAAGCCUUCAACAAAGGACUCUUUAGUCUAAUCAACGAAAUGAGAGCCCAGUUCAAAGACGCUACUCUCGUCUACGUUGAUAUUUACUCCAUCAAGUAUAAACUCUUCGUCGAUUCCAAACGAUACGGAUUUGUGGAUCCGUUAAUGGCUUGUUGCGGUUAUGGAGGAAAGCCAAACAACUACGAUCGAAAAGCCACGUGUGGUCAACCCGGUUCAACUAUUUGCCGUGAUGUGACCAAAUCAAUUGUAUGGGACGGAGUUCACUAUACUGAAGCUGCUAACCGGUUUGUUGCUGAUGCAAUUCUGUCAAACCGGUACUCUUACCCACGAAUUUAUAUGGACCGGUUUUGGCAGGUCUAGAACAAAUUAAUCAAUAAAACCGAUUUGGUUAUAGAGCUUUCUUCUUUUUUCACGAUGAUAAGAGAUGAAAAAUUAUGUUACAUAUGAAAUCAGUAUUAACCCAUUAAUUAAUCUCAUAUUAGUCGGUCCAGUCCAACAAUUGAUUGCGUCAUGAUGUGAAUGUGGCAAGUCAAACUAUGAGCCAGCAAGAUCACAAGCUUCGAUUUUUAAUAACCCUUUAAUAAUGAGAAACGACCUACCAGACUUCCACUUUGAGUUACGUUUUUGUUUUUGGCUUAUACUGAUUUUUUUUUUUUUUUUUUGUGCUAAAGGAUUAUAUUGAUAUUUUGGUGGAG